GCUAGUGGUCAACAUUUUCAAGAUGAAAAGUUCCUGCCGAAAAAUUCUUCGCUUUGGCGUGUACAAAAACCAGAUAUUGAUGGUGAAAUUGUGUGGAUGCGUAUUAAGGAUAUAUGCCAGACGCCACAUUUAUUCGUAUAUGAAAAUGGACAAGCAUAUCCAGAAGUAUUGCAAGGCAUCGUUGGAAAUUGCUGGCUCGUUUCUGCAUUAACCAUUUUAGCUGCUCAUCCGACAUUACUGCAUAGAGUAAUUCCGAGAUGGAAACUCCAAGACUGGUCUCAUUCAACCGAUCCUGGAAUUUUACAUACCAAAACAUUUUUAAGAGAUAAUGAAAAUCACCCUGGUAUAUUUCGAUUCCGAUUCUAUCGAUUCGGUCAAUGGAUCGAGGUCGUGGUUGACGACUAUCUUCCAACAGUAAAUGGAAAAUUAAUCUACGCGCAUGCAAGAAACCCUAAUGAAUUUUGGUGUGCUCUAGUGGAAAAAGCUUAUGCGAAACUUUGCGGAUGUUAUGAAGCUCUGGAAUCCGGUUCCACCUCAGACGCAAUAGUUGAUUUCACAGGCACAGUACCUGAAACACUGGACCUUGAACGUGAUGAAGGCGGAAAGAUUAAUGGAUAUACUGACAUUGAAUUAUUAAAGUACUUAAACAAAGCAAGCAAAACAGACGCAUUGAUGAGUUGCUCGAUUAAUGUUCCAGAGGAACUACAGUUGGAAGGGAAGCUGACGAAUGGAUUGGUUCUUGGACAUGCAUACGGAAUAAAACAAAUUUAUAAAUUAAAACAUGGUUUACUAUUAAUGAAACUUCAUAAUCCAUGGGGAUCUGGAGAAUGGAAUGGUGCCUGGUCUGACGAUUCACCAGAGUGGAAAAAUGUCAACGAAGCGGAACGUAAAAAGCUCGCUCUGAAAGUUGCAGACGACGGUGAUUUUUGGAUGUCAUACGAAGAUUUUAUUGCAAAUUUUUCUUCAUUGACCAUUUGUCGCCAUCUAAACGUAUCAUGGUAUGUGCCUGGUCCAAAAUGGGGUAUCCGUAUUUUCGAGGGACAAUGGUCAAAAAAGGAUAAUACUGCGGGCGGAUGCAUAAAUAAUACUGAUACAUUCCAUCAAAAUCCACAAUACGCGUUCUCACUAACAAAAACCACAACAAUAAUCGCUGCAUUAAUGCAACAAGAUACACGUGAUCAUCGUCUCGAUGGAGUUGAAAACCACACAAUCGGAUUUAUUUGUUUGCGAGUUGAAGACAACCGUGUUACUCGCAUACAUAAACCUUUGUAUGAUGUAGUGAGUCAAGUGAUAUAUAGUGAUGCGAGAGAAGUAACUUCUAGCUUGACAUUAAAAUCAGGUCGAUAUGUUUUAAUACCAUCAACUUUUGAUGCUGGUGAAGAAGGGGGUUUUCUAUUGAGAUUAUUCUCCUCGAGUCAAUUGAAUGUGAUUAGAUUAACCGAUGACGUACCUAAAAAGAAAUGGUACACGGGAAAGAAUUCAGAUUUCGUUGGAAUGGCGCGAGUAAAAAUUAUGGGUUUAAAUUUAACACAUGAACUUGGAUCUGCAGAUUUAAAUACAACUUUACGUUUACUCGAUACGAAAAAUGGAAAACUUGUCAAUGAAUUUUCGGCGCAAGCACCAAUUAAUGAUUUAAUUGGACGUGAAUACGUUUUCUACGUUUGUGACCCGCAAAAUGCUAAAUUUAAAAUAGAGCUACUGGAAAAAUCUAUGGUGAAAAAAGGUACGCCAAUCGGAGAAGUUUCCUUUGACAUUUCGAAAUUCACAGAAGAAUCUAGAGAAUCCAAAUUUUUCGAAUUGACAAAACGGGUCUUAAAAGUAAUCAAAACGACAACGGUAACGGACGAUAAGAGAAAGUCGGGUGAAAAAAUCGUCAGUGCAGAUUUGGGUGAUUUGACGGUUCGAAUUAUGUAUUGUAAUGGAUUGAAUGGGUGA